GAAAUUUUAAUAAUUUUUAAUUUAAUAAAAUAAUGAACGCAGUGUUAUCAAAACUUGAUCCAUUAAUUACAAAAUUUGGACUUGAUAAUACAGAUCAAAUGGAAAUACUCAAAGGACCAUGUAGUAAAAUCGGAGUUCGACCUGCUCAUGUGGUUUUUAUCGGUGGUUCUGUUGCACUUUUCAGCAUUUUAUUUGGAAUUGCAGCACGUUUUCUUUCCACAUUCAUUUCCAUCAUCUAUCCAGCAUACAGAAGCAUUUAAGCAAUAGAGUCAUAAGGUAUAUUAUAUAUUCAUAUUUUAGGUGAAAAUGAUGAUAAAUAAUGGUUAACCUAUUGGAUUCUAUUUUCAAUCAUCACUUUAGCAGAUUCUACAAUUGGAUUUGCAUUAGAAUUCAUUCCCUUUUACCAUAUCUUAAAAUUAGCACUAUUUGUUGCUUUAUUCCAUCCAUAAGUUAAAGGAGCUGAGAAAUUGUAUGAUUAGGUAUUUUUUCAUUUAAAUCAAUAUAGUUUGUUCAUCCUCUUUAUUUGAAACAUCAUGAAAAAAUUGAUAAAGGUUUCUAAAAGGUUUAAGAGAGAGUUAAAUAACAAGUCUAAUGAAAAUGAUAUUGUAUGACCACGUAUAUAUAUAUAU